UUCUCCACCGGACGGUUUCCGCCGCCAUUGCAGGUUUCUAGAGUUCCUCUCAGCGGCGGUUGACAUUCUGGAGUUUAAGCGCCUCGUUUACAUUCAGCGGGCAACUAGAGUAAUCUAACAUUCCCGGUUCAUCUGCCCCCCUCUUCCCCCCUCCCAAAAACACAAGACCACCUCCAUUCAUUCGCGACUCUGGAGUAGUUUAGGUUGGGCAGGAAUUAGAGAGGAAAGCGAAGAGGAACCACCAUGGCUCAAAUCCUGCCUAUCAGAUUCCAGGAGCACCUGCAGCUCCAAAAUUUGGGGAUCAACCCAGCCAACAUCGGGUUCAGCACCCUGACGAUGGAGUCUGAUAAGUUCAUCUGUAUCCGGGAGAAGGUUGGAGAACAGGCACAGGUGGUGAUCAUCGACAUGGCGGACCCAAACACCCCCAUCCGCAGGCCCAUCUCUGCAGAUAGCGCUAUCAUGAACCCUGCAAGCAAAGUCAUCGCACUUAAAGACGCUGCCAAAACCCUGCAGAUCUUUAACAUCGAGAUGAAGAGUAAGAUGAAAGCCCACACCAUGACUGAUGAUGUCACUUUCUGGAAGUGGAUCUCUCUUAACAGUCUUGCCCUGGUGACGGAUAAUGCAGUCUAUCAUUGGAGCAUGGAGGGAGACUCUCAGCCAGUCAAAGUGUUUGACAGACAUUCCAGCCUGGCAGGCUGUCAAAUCAUCAACUACCGCACCGAUGCCAAGCAAAAGUGGCUGCUGCUCAUUGGCAUUUCUGCUCAGCAAAACAGAGUUGUUGGUGCCAUGCAGCUAUACUCAGUUGACCGGAAGGUGUCACAACCUAUCGAGGGUCACGCUGCUGCCUUUGGCCAGUUCAAAAUGGAGGGAAAUGCAGAAGAAUCCACUCUCUUCUGUUUCGCUGUGCGAGGUCAGGCAGGAGGAAAGCUUCACAUUAUUGAAGUGGGGACACCACCGACCGGAAACCAGCCAUUCAUAAAGAAAGCUGUGGAUGUGUUCUUCCCUCCAGAAGCACAGAAUGACUUCCCCGUUGCCAUGCAGAUCAGCUCCAAACAGGACGUUGUAUUUCUCGUCACUAAAUACGGUUACAUUCAUCUGUAUGACCUGGAGACAGGCACCUGCAUCUACAUGAACAGAAUCAGCGGGGAGACCAUUUUUGUGACGGCACCCCACGAAGCCACAUCUGGAAUCAUCGGCGUGAACAGGAAAGGACAGGUGUUGUCAGUGUGUGUUGAGGAGGAGAACAUCAUCCAGUACAUCACCAAUGUGCUGCAGAAUCCAGACCUGGCUUUACGGAUGGCAGUCCGAAAUAAUCUGGCAGGAGCCGAGGAGCUGUUUGCCCGCAAGUUUAACAACCUCUUUGCCGCAGGAAACUACUCGGAAGCAGCUAAAGUGGCCGCUAAUGCUCCAAAGGGUAUCCUGCGCACUCCUGACACCAUCCGCCGGUUCCAGGGCGUCCCGGCCCAGCCCGGCCAGACAUCCCCACUUCUGCAGUAUUUUGGGAUCCUACUGGACCAGGGCCAGCUCAACAAGUUUGAGUCUCUGGAGCUGUGCAGACCCGUUCUUCAGCAGGGCCGCAAACAACUUCUGGAGAAAUGGCUGAAGGAGGACAAGCUUGAAUGCUCCGAGGAGUUGGGCGACUUGGUGAAGUCUGUGGACCCCACUCUUGCUCUUAGUGUCUACCUGAGGGCCAACGUACCCAACAAAGUCAUUCAGUGUUUCGCAGAAACCGGCCAGUUCCCCAAGAUUGUCCUGUAUGCCAAAAAGGUGGGCUACACUCCAGACUGGAUCUUCCUGCUGAGGAACGUGAUGCGGAUCAGUCCUGAUCAGGGUCUGCAGUUUGCUCAGAUGCUCGUUCAGGAUGAGGAACCGCUGGCUGACAUCACACAGAUCGUUGAUGUGUUUAUGGAGUAUAACCUGGUCCAGCAGUGCACGUCCUUCCUUUUAGAUGCUCUGAAAAACAACCGCCCAUCAGAAGGUCCACUGCAGACCCGUCUGCUGGAGAUGAACCUGAUGCAUGCACCACAGGUUGCAGAUGCCAUCCUAGGAAAUCAGAUGUUCACUAACUACGAUCGUGCUCACAUUGCCCAGCUGUGUGAGAAGGCAGGGCUUCUGCAGAGAGCUUUAGAGCACUAUACCGACCUGUACGACAUCAAACGAGCUGUCGUACACACGCACCUGCUCAACCCAGAGUGGCUGGUGAACUACUUUGGCGCUCUGUCAGUGGAGGACUCUCUGGAGUGUCUGAGAGCCAUGCUUUCUGCUAACAUCAGGCAGAACCUUCAGAUCUGUGUCCAGGUGGCUUCCAAGUAUCAUGAGCAGCUGAGUACCCAGUCCCUAACUGAGCUUUUCGAGUCUUUCAAGAGUUUUGAGGGUCUGUUCUACUUCCUUGGCUCGAUUGUGAACUUCAGCCAGGACUCAGAGGUGCAUUUCAAAUACAUCCAGGCCGCAUGCAAGACGGGCCAAAUCAAAGAGGUGGAGCGGAUCUGUCGGGAAAGCAACUGCUAUGACCCUGAACAUGUCAAGAACUUUCUCAAGUGGUCAUUUGAAGGAUUAAUACUGGGAUUGGUGUGUGCGAUGCACAUACAGGGAGGUUUCAAAAAGCAUCACCGACCAGUGCUUUUGGAGACCAACCCCUACAGGAGGCCCCUUAUUGACCAGGUGGUGCAGACAGCCCUGUCAGAGACUCAGGACCCAGAGGAGGUGUCGGUCACAGUGAAGGCCUUCAUGACUGCUGACCUGCCCAAUGAACUCAUUGAGCUCCUGGAAAAGAUCGUCCUGGACAGCUCAGUGUUUAGUGAACACAGAAACCUGCAGAACCUGCUCAUCCUAACAGCCAUCAAAGCAGACCGCACCCGCGUCAUGGAAUACAUCAACCGCCUGGACAAUUACGAUGCCCCAGACAUUGCCAACAUCGCCAUCAGCAGCGAGCUGUUCGAGGAGGCCUUUGCUAUCUUCAGGAAGUUUGAUGUCAACACCUCUGCAGUGCAGGUUCUGAUUGAGCACAUCAGUAAUCUGGACCGGGCGUAUGAGUUUGCAGAGCGCUGUAAUGAACCUGCAGUGUGGAGUCAGCUGGCUAAGGCUCAGCUGCAAAAGGGUCUCGUCAAAGAGUCCAUUGACUCCUACAUCAAGGCUGAUGACCCCUCGGCUUACAUGGAGGUGGUUGAGGUUUCUUCCCAGAGUGGUAACUGGGAGGACUUGGUGAAGUUUCUGCAGAUGGCCAGAAAGAAGGCCAGAGAGUCAUACGUGGAGACAGAGCUGAUCUUCGCACUGGCCAAAACCAAUCGUCUUGCUGAACUGGAGGAGUUUAUAAAUGGACCAAAUAAUGCACACAUCCAGCAGGUUGGAGAUCGCUGCUAUGACGAGAAGAUGUACGAGGCUGCCAAACUUCUGUACAAUAAUGUCUCCAACUUCGGCCGCUUGGCUUCUACCCUGGUCCACUUGGGCGAGUAUCAAGCCGCCGUGGACGGUGCCCGCAAGGCUAACAGCACUCGCACAUGGAAGGAGGUGUGCUUUGCUUGUGUGGAUGGAAAGGAGUUCAGAUUGGCUCAGAUGUGUGGCCUUCACAUUGUGGUUCAUGCCGAUGAACUAGAAGAGCUCAUCAACUAUUACCAGGACCGUGGCUAUUUUGAGGAGCUGAUCACCAUGCUGGAGGCGGCGUUAGGGUUGGAGCGUGCUCACAUGGGCAUGUUCACAGAGCUGGCCAUCCUCUACUCUAAAUUCAAACCACAGAAGAUGAGGGAACACCUGGAACUCUUCUGGUCCAGAGUCAACAUCCCAAAGGUCCUGAGGGCUGCAGAGCAGGCUCACCUGUGGGGAGAGCUUGUUUUCCUCUAUGACAAGUAUGAAGAAUAUGACAACGCCAUCAUCACCAUGAUGAGCCAUCCCACAGAUGCCUGGAAAGAGGGACAGUUCAAGGACAUCAUCACCAAGGUGGCAAACGUGGAACUGUACUACAAAGCAAUCCAGUUUUAUCUGGAGUUCAAGCCCUUGUUACUGAACGACCUGCUCAUAGUUCUUUCCCCAAGACUGGAUCACUCGCGUGCCGUCAACUUCUUCAGCAAGGUUAAACAGCUUCAACUCAUCAAGCCUUACCUGCGGUCAGUACAAAACCACAACAACAAAUCUGUCAAUGAAGCACUUAACAACCUCUUCAUCUCAGAGGAAGACUAUCAGGCACUCAGGACAUCUAUAGAUGCAUACGAUAACUUUGAUAACAUCUCACUGGCCCAGCGUCUGGAGAAACACGAGCUGAUCGAGUUCAGGAGAAUCGCUGCUUACCUCUUCAAGGGUAACAACCGAUGGAAGCAGAGCGUGGAGCUGUGCAAGAAAGACAAACUCUACAAGGAUGCCAUGCUGUAUGCAUCAGAGUCGAAGGACACAGAGCUGGCUGAGGAGCUGCUGCAGUGGUUCCUUCGGGAAGAUAAGAAGGAGUGUUUCGCCGCCUGCCUCUUCACCUGCUACGACCUGCUCAGGCCUGAUGUGGUGCUGGAGACGGCGUGGAGGCACAACAUCAUGGACUUUGCCAUGCCUUACUUCAUCCAGGUGAUGAGGGAAUACCUCAGCAAGGUGGACAAGCUGGAUACCUCGGAGUCCUUGAGGAAAGAGGAGGAGCAGGCGACAGAGACUCAACCCAUUGUUUAUGGCACGCCUCAGCUCAUGCUGACAGCAGGUCCCAGUGUGCCUGUCCCCCCGCAGCAGGCUUACGGCUACGGGUACACAGCAGCUCCUGGCUACCCCCAGGCUCCUCAGGCCCAGCCGGGUUUCGGUUACGGCAUGUAAGGACCCCCCCAUUUCCUGCUCACCCCUAAUCCUGCUGCCGCUUGGUUCGGUCCAGCAUCCCCAUGGAUCUCUCCCUUAAUCCUCCACCAGUCCGACUCUACCACUUGGUGCUCGCAACGGGGGAUUUGAGCAAAUGUUAUUCUUUUACUUUACCUUUUUUUUUUUUUUAAAUGAUUGCUUUUGUUUAUCAUGUUUUCUUUAUACCAUCAUGAAGGACUUUAUUUCUAUAUUGUCAAAGAUUUCAUCAAGAAUUAUUUUUUUCACAUUCCAAAUACUUACUAGAUUUAAUUUUCCUGGCAAUUUUAUGUCAAUAAAAGGGGAAUGAUGUCUACAAUGAGGAGGCUUGUGGAAGAAGCAAGUCGGCAUGAUUAAAAUGACAAAACAAAAUCGGAUUUGCACUCCGUAGUCAGAGAAAAACAAUUAAUGUAUAAUUUUGAUGUGUGUGAGCAGCUUGUCCAGUCUGUCAGCAUUUAAUAUUGUAUAUUCCAGGAAAGAAAAGAAAAUAGAGGAAAAUGUGCGACUACCGCCUCCACAAACAAACACUACUCGAUACCAGUAAUUCAAUGGGGGUGUGUAGCGCUCGAAAUAUAUAAAAAAAAAGAUUAUUUUAAAUGCAUAAAGAUGUAUUAAUACAGUAACUUCAAACCUUUUCCCUGACCUAUGCAGGUUCUCCAGUUUUUGUUUUCCAUAUGAAAAACAAACUUAUGUUGUGCAGUAACCCGUGCUCUUUGUGUGGGACCAUCCAUUUGAGGAGGGAUAAUAAUUAAAAUCUAUAUAAAUAUGUAUGUGGCUCUCCACACCUGUGUGUUUUACUAACCUUACCUCUCUGCUGCAGCGUGUAUAUGUGUGUAUGCUGGUUGUUGUUGUGAUGUUUAGGUCACUCUACGGCACCGAAGUGAGACUAGAAAGCCAGUUUAUCCUGCCAGUUAUUCCUAAACUCAAUAUACCCUUUAUUUGUAAAAAAAAAA